UUAUAGGUUAUCCAAUGAUAAACGUCAAACUAUUUAAUCCCACAAUGGGAUUGUCGAGAGUGAUUUUCAAGCAAUGUUAUGGAACACCAAAAGUUUUCUGCAGCGUACUAAACAAACAGAAAUAUCUAUCUUUUCAUUUGUGCCAUGGUGCAGAUCAUGAUAAAACGGAUAGUACAAGAUUAUUUACCAACAUGUGCCUUCUGGCAGUUGGGUGUUUUGGAUUGUGUUUGUUUAAAAAGGAUUUUUCCGUUUUCCCUUCUGUCAAAGCUGCAAGUAUAUUUUCCAAAGAUUUGAAAGGAAGACGAGGUCAAUACAAUUUCAUAGCUGAUGUGGUAGAAGUAUCAGCUCCUUCAGUUGUUUAUAUUGAAAUUAAAGACAGUAGAAGAUUAGAUUUCUUUACUGGGCAACCAGCUACAGCUUCGAAUGGAUCAGGGUUUAUAGUAAGACAGGAUGGACUUAUUCUAACAAAUGCCCAUGUUGUAAUUAACAAACCUAACAGCCAAGUUCAAGUUCGUUUACUGGAUGGUACUACAUACACCGGGACAGUUGAAGAUGUAGAUAUGAGGUCUGAUUUAGCAACUGUACGCAUUCCAGUCAAAAAUUUGCCAGUGAUGAAACUAGGUUCUUCUUCAGAAUUGAGAUCAGGUGAAUUUGUGGUUGCCAUGGGCAGUCCAUUAUCCUUAAGUAACACUGUGACCUCAGGAGUUGUCAGUACAACACAUAGACCAUCUCAGGAACUUGGCUUAAGAGGAAAGGAUAUGACAUAUAUACAGACUGAUGCAGCUAUCACAUUUGGGAAUUCCGGUGGACCUUUGGUGAAUUUGGAUGGAGAAGCCAUUGGCAUAAAUGCUAUGAAAGUUACAGCUGGAAUAAGUUUUGCAAUACCAAUAGAUUAUGCAAAAGAUUUUCUUAAAAAAAGUGAGGAGAGAAGUAAACAUCCUACAGUUAGUUCGGCAAUUAGAAAUCGUUACAUGGGUAUCACAAUGCUGACUUUGAGCCCUGAUAUUUUACAAGAACUGAUACAAAGAAAUCAUCCUGUACCUACCGAUGUACAUCAUGGUGUUCUAGUUUGGAAAGUUAUUAUAGGAUCACCAGCACAUUCUGGUGGCUUACAUCCAGGGGAUAUUGUAACUCACAUUAAUAAAACACCUGUAAGAACUGCAUCAGAUAUUUAUUCUGCCUUAGCCGCACAUCAAAUUUUAGAAAUGACAGUUGUGAGAGCUAUGCAAAGAAUUACAGUAAUUAUAAGGCCUGAAGAAACGUGAGUUUUUUAAAUAGCUGUGAUUCUAAAAUAGUAAUGUAUUUCAAAUAA